UGUCAAUCAAAAAUUGGCCGAAUUGGUGGUAAACAAGAUCUACAAUUAGCGCCCAAUUGUUUCAUAGGACGAAAAGUAACCCACGAGUUGUUACACGCGCUGGGUUUUAACCAUGAACAUUCUCGACCUGACCGAGAUGAUUACGUGCAGGUCAUUAUGUCAAACGUCAAACCAGGCACCGAACAUAAUUUUGAGAAAAAGACCAUGUCAAUGUACAAAGUGUACACUAAGUUUGAUUAUACUUCCAUCAUGCUCUAUGGGAAAACAUCAUUUGGCAAAAAUAAUGCAACUACUCUAAUAUCUAAGCAAGCACCUACAAACGAUAUUAAAUAUAUGAGAAUAAUGAGCACGCUUGAUAUAUUUACGUUAAAAGCUAUAUUACUUCAAAUUUCCAACCAUAUGGAUAAUUUAAGGGCAAGCAUGUGUUAUUCAAUGGUUGGUCGAAUUGGCGGUAAACAAGACCUACAAUUAGCCCCCAAUUGUUUCGGACGAACAAUAAUCCACGAGCUGUUACACGCGCUGGGUUUUAAACAUGAACAUUCAAGACCUGACCGAGAUAGUUAUGUGGAGGUUAUUUGGGCCAACAUCAAACCAGGCAAAGAAAAACCUUUUCAGAAAAAGACCAUGCCAAUGUUCAAAAUGUACACUAAGUUUGAUUAUAGUUCCAUCAUGCUCUAUGGGAAGAAAGCAUUUAGCAAAAAUAAUGCAACUACUUUAGUAUCCAAGCAUGCACCUACAAACGAUAUUACACGUAUGAAAGUAAUGAGUCCGUUGGACAUUGUUACGUUAAAAACAAUGUAUAAAUGC